CCCUAUAGGCCCCCUAUAGGCCGUGACGCUGCUGUGCCCGCAGGGGGGGGGCAUGGCGGGGCCAGGGGGGGCCGAGGGCCCCAGCCCCCGCAUGAGCGUGGCCUCCCAGUUCUUCAGCGAGGAGGAGUGCGGCAACGACAGCAUGAGCACCUCCGAGCAGGUGGUCGAUCUCCUCAACCAGGCGGCCUUGAUCAGCAACGAUUCCAAGAUCACCAUCCUCAAGCAGGUGAGCUGGGGGCCACAGCCCCCCAGGGUCCCGCCCUGGGAGAUCAUCGCCUUCCAGGCCGACAAGUCCAUCGAAGUGCGGAAAUUCGUGGUGGGCUUCAUCGAGGAGGCCUGCAAACGGGACAUUGAGCUGCUGCUGAAGCUGAUCGCCAACCUCAACAUGCUGCUGAAGGACGAGAACGUCAACGUGGUGAAGAAGGCCAUCCUCACCAUGACCCAGCUCUACAAGGUGGCCUUGCAGUGGAUGGUGAAGUCGAAGGUGAUCAGCGAGCUGCAGGAGGCUUGUUGGGAGAUGAUGGCGGCCAUGGCGAGUGACAUCAUCCUCCUCCUCGACUCGGACAACGAUGGCAUCCGCACUCACGCCAUCAAAUUCGUGGAAGGCCUCAUCAUCACCCUCUCCCCCCGCAUGGCCGAUUCCGACGUCCCCAAACGUCACGAGAACGACAUCAGCCUCGAGCGCAUCCCCAAGGAUCACCCUUACAUCAAAUACAACGCGUUGUGGGAGGAAGGCAAAGCCGCCCUGGAGCAGCUCCUCAAGUUCAUGGUGCACCCGGCCAUCUCCAGCAUCAACCUGACGGCGGCGCUGGGUUCCUUGGCCACCAUCGCCCGCCAACGGCCCAUGUUCAUGGCUGAGGUCAUCCAAGCCUACGAGACCCCUCACGCCAACCUCCCCCCCACCCUGGCCAAGUCGCAGGUCAGCAGUGUCCGGAAGAACCUGAAGCUGCAUCUCCUGAGCGUCCUGCGGCACCCAUCCUCGGGCGACUUCCAGCCCCAGAUCACCACCCUCCUCGUCGACCUGGGCACCCAACAGGCCGAGAUCGCCCGCAGCAUGCCCAGCCCCCGCGACUCCCGCAAACGCCCCCGCGACGAGCCCGACCUCAAGAAGAUGAAGAUCGAGGCCCCCCUGGGCGAGGAUGAUGAGGACAAGGACCUGGAGCCGACGACGGUGACAGCGCCCAAAGCUGCCGGCCAGGCCAGCGUCCCCUCGGACACAGACAUCCCCGCCGAGUUCCUGCAGCCCCUCCUCACCCCGGAGAACGUCGCCAACUUGGUGCUGAUCAGCAUGGUGUACCUACCCGAGGCCAUGCCCGCCUCCUUCCAGGCCACCUACACCCCCGUGGAGUCGGCCGGCACCGAGGCGCAGAUCAAACACCUCUCCCGCCUCAUGGCCACACAAAUGACGGCGGCGGGGCUGGGCCCGGGCGUGGAGCAGACGAAACACCUGAAGGAGGAACCAAAGGAGGAGAAAGCCACCAAACCCGAGAGCGUGGUCAUCAAGCGGCGGCUGUCGGCGCUGGCCCAGGGCCAGGCCAUCUCCGUGCUGGGCUCCCAGGGCUCAGCCACCAACCUGCUGGAGGAGGAAGCCCCCCAAGCCAAACGUCGCCCUGAGCCCAUCAUCCCGGCCACACAGCCCCGGCUGGCGGGCGCCGGUGGGCGCAAGAAAGUUUUCCGGCUGGGUGACGUCCUCAAGCCACUGAGCGAAGAGCAGAUGGAGAAGCUGAAGCUCGGCGCCGUCAAGCGCAUCCUGCGCGCCGAGCGCGCCGUCGCCUGCAGUGGGGCCGCCCAGGCCCGCGUGAAGAUCCUGGCCUCGUUGGUGACGCAGUUUGAGGUGCCGCUGAAGAGUGAGGUGCUGGCCUUCAUCCUGGAUGACAUCCGUGGCCGCCUGGACCUGGCCUUCGCUUGGCUCUUCCAGGAGUACAACGCCUACCUGAGCCGCUUCCCCGCCGGCAGCCUGGAACGCUACGACGAGUGUCUCAUCGGGCUCCUCGCUGGCCUCCAGGAGAAGCCCGACCAGAAGGACGGGAUUUUCACCAAAGUGGUGCUGGAGGCGCCGCUGAUCACUGAGAGCGCGCUGGAGGUCAUCCGCAAGUACUGCGAAGAUGAGAGCCGGACCUACCUGGGCAUGUCCACGCUGCGCGACCUCAUCUUCAAGCGGCCAUCGCGGCAGUUCCAGUACCUCCACGUCCUGCUGGACCUCAGCUCCCAUGAGAAGGACAAGGUCCGCCAGCAGGCCCUGCUCUUCAUCAAGCGGAUGUACGAGAAGGAUCAGCUCCGGGAGUACGUGGAGAAGUUCGCCCUCAACUACCUCCAGCUCCUGGUGCACCCCAACCCACCCUCCGUCCUCUUCGGCGCCGACAAGGACACGGAGGUGGCGGCGCCGUGGACGGAGGAGACCAUCAAGCAGUGCCUCUACCUCUACUUGGCGUUGCUGCCCCACAACCACAAGCUCAUCCACGAGCUGGCGUCUGUCUACACCGAGGCCAUCGCUGACAUCAAACGCACUGUCCUGCGGGCCAUCGAUUCGGUGGCUCUCCCGUAGAUCCGUGGGAUGGGGAUGAACUCGCCCGAGCUGCUGUUGCUGGUGGAGAACUGUCCCAAGGGAGCCGAGACGUUGGUGACGCGCUGCCUGCACAGCCUGACGGACAAAGUGCCCCCCUCGCCCGAGCUGGUGAAGAGGGUCCGUGACCUCUACCACAAGCGCCUGCCAGACGUGAGGUUCCUCAUCCCCGUCCUCAAUGGGUUGGAGAAGAAAGAGGUGAUCCAGGCAUUGCCCAAACUCAUCAAGCUCAACCCCAUCGUGGUCAAGGAGGUCUUCAACCGCCUGCUGGGGACACAGCACGGUGACGGCACCUCGGCCGUGUCCCCCCUCAACCCGGGGGAGCUGCUGAUCGCCCUCCACAACAUUGACUCCUCCAAGUGCGACAUGAAGUCCAUCAUCAAGGGUAGGUGCCACCACGGCGGCGGGGGGGCAGGGUGGUCAACGGGUGGACGUCUGUCUGUCCUGUCCCAGGGGUGGGCGUCUGUCUAUCCUGUCAAGGGGUGA